GCGAACACUGUAAGUGGGAACACCUUACGUGAUACAGAUAUGUUUAAGGCUAGUCAGUUUUUAGAGUGUGUUGUACUAAGGUUACGACACUAUAUUGUAUAGCAGAUUAAUUUUCCUCCUGAAAGUUUUGUCAUGAAGUUAAUACAUAUCUAUCGUGAACUGACCUUUGUAAAUAUUCUAUAAAAGACUAUAUCAUUUAACCUUUUUCAGUUUUCAUCUCCUGGGCAGGCUAAUUAAAAUACAAAUACUUAAUUGACGUCAGACACAUCACUAAAUAUCUAAACCUACGGUCUCUAAAGCCUCUACUUACCGCAGUUACUGAUUUUAGUACUAAGCCAGUUAAUACUUAACGACAACUAUGUACUCAUUUAUUCGGUUUAUUUAGACGAACUCUAUACUCGCUCAGCUUUUAAUUAUGGCUGAUAACCCCAGUAAAUAGAAAAUAUCGCUGAUUUCUGAACCAACCAAAAGGUCGAAAUUUGUAAUACCUAUAUCUGACGAAUCAGUACUUGGCAAAGUUAAACAUUCAUCUUCUGAACUCUGUGCCUCUUAUCUACAGAUAUCACUACUCGAUUUUUCGAGUGACAUUCCGUCUAUCUCUGUGCGUUUGGUCAACAGUAAGACCAAUUUCGGGGAAGGCGCUAUAGAAACUUUUGUGGAGAUGAUACCAAAACCCCAAAAUUUCCCUUUAACCUGGGUGAAGGUCAUUUCACUUUGAGGAUUUCCCCGAAAUUUCCCAAACUUGUAAGAUCGGGACCGGCUAAUAUAAAACAUCUGGUACCAACAUACACUGACAUGUUAACACAGUGUACCCAUCAGUAUAAUUUACUUAGGUCAAAAAUAAAAACCUCACAAACGGCGGCGGCAGAUAGGAAACUCACCUGCUGAAAUUAACAAUAAUCUUAAUCAAUUAGCAUCCUCCACGCAUAUACGGGCUUUAAAUAAUAAUAAAAACCCCAAACACUUCACUAAAACCGAAUGAAUCAUUUGGUUCGUGGCUGACGAAGCAACGAAAAGAGUGGUGUCUUCCUACAAUGUGGUCGCCUACAAUGGUACUGACCGCACACCCCACCAAGCUAAGGAAUAUUAGCCCUCGAAAGUGCUGUGCUGAACUUCAGCUGCCAAUUCGUUCGCUACAGAAAAAAGUUGGACGAGUCAACAUGCUCCCUUUUGUUUAAAUUUAGCUGUUGUAACGGUGCUAAACAGUUAAUGAAUUCGAGUAAAAAUUUUAGUUCGUUUAUUCCAUGUAAAACGUAAGAGCCGCUCAGAGACAACACCCUUGUCAGCGUCGUGUAAGAAGACGGAGAGUUGGGAUCACAUGAUCGUGUUACAGCAAAUAACCAACUAGAGACAACCUCUAAUACUGUGAAGAGUAUCAAACACGUCUAUCAUCAGCGUGAUGCGAAUACACAGACGAUAUGUUACUCUGAAGAUUUAGAUGAGCCUACAGAUAAGAAAAUUUCGAAUAAGAUAAGGAAUAAAAAAACCCAGAAAACAUAGCGACAUUUACGAUUCUAGUAUGGACUCUUCGACUAGUAAAGUGCUUAAAUAUAAGCCAUAUGAUGAGACGUAAACCAAGUCGAUUUUCAAAAAGACACGUACGUUUUAAGCUAGCUAUGAGGUCGUGAAUAAGUGGUAGGGAAUUGUGAUUAAGUGUCGUUCUCAUUCUGAUUCACCGAUAAUCACCAGUUGGAUGCUAAUCACUUGUCUUUUCAAGGGACUAUGUACAAGGGUGAUGCCUAUGGAUUGUUUGAUGAUAGGGUACUUAACAAGUCUACCAAAUGCUCGAAUUUGUUUAUUGCAAAUCUUGGCUUUUUGAGAGCUAGUCUGUGUGCUUUUGAAAAUCCAGGUGGUCCUGUAGUCGUGAAGUGGUAUGUAACAUUUAUGAUCACACACGGUAGUUCCAGUUGUGUUUUGUAAUGCUCAGGGUACCUAUCGAGUGUCUGUUGAAAGUAUAGGUUGAAUGUUUAUUCAUGACAAAGCCCAUCAGUGAUGUAUAGCAAACGACUAAAUUCAUCAGUCACAGCCGCUGUUAUCGUGUGGCGGUUAAAAUGUUUCCCGGAAGGUUUGGGGUUGACAAAACUGCAGAAAUUCUCAGGAUGUUUAGAGGAUUUACCAUAGGUGUUUUGGUGCACAUGCACUCAGGAUUAUCUGUUCCUCGUGGUCUCAAUGAGGACCUUUCUCGUUACGAGUUUGUUUGAGGAUUUUCGGAGCAUUUGCCUUCAUGAUUAACGUUGAGAAAACGAUUAAGAGUUCUGUAGAGAUCCGUAAUGUCAUUUAUUGUCAUUUGAGGCAUUUCUUGGUCAGAAAAAACCCCGAUGUUGGAAGUUAUAGUGAUCUCCAUAAACGAUCAGCAGACGCAGUCUGUCCAUUUACGAUGUUAUUUUGGAAUGAGACGACAGCCCCUUGAACCUGCUAGGAAAGCUUAGAUAAGUUAUCUAAAGAGGUCCUAGUCGAAAAUUCAUUACUCAAUGACCUACCACAUACGUAACAACAUCCCUGUUAUUGAGCUGUAUUGCAAUUCGAUAUGCGGCGGACCAAUACAAAUAUGAGAAUAUCUUGACUUAUUUAAUGCUCCUAAACGUAUACAAAGAUGAGUUAAUAGAACACAAAGAAGAUAUACAAAAUAUAUAAGAAUUACUUGCUAUUGUUAGAAGGGUGUGUUUACGGGUCCGUGACUGAUAUUUGUUAACAGUUGUUUUGAGUUUCAUCUUAACCGUAGAAAAAUGGCCUUUGCUCUGCCAACUCUUGCCGUUACAUUUGCAUCAACUUCUUGUUCAUCGAUGAUAAUGUCUAGGUACAUAGAAGCUUCUAAUUCUUCGAGAGUUUCUCCAUCAAGUGGGAUCGGGUUUAGGGGAAGACAAAGAGUGUGUACACCUACGAUAUUGUGAUCGGUUCUGAUCCAUGUCAUGCAGUCUCCAACGAUUGGUUACUAUGGUCGCGCGGACCCCAACCAAGUCUGUAUCUAUCAACAUGGCUCAGGCCAAAAGUUAGCGACCUUUAAGGACUGAUGCUACUUUUUGGUUUGGCCGCUCCUAAGUUGUGACAAGAGUUGCAAGCAAUAAAUUAUGUUUAAUAACAAAGCCUGAAAGAACCUAGUAAGUGGUAAAUGCUUGUUUUUUUCAAAAGCACUAAAAACAUCUCCGUAAUCACUAGACACUCAUUUAUUCACUUACUAUAAUAUAUUAUUUCGUGCCAAAUUGAGAAAAUGGAACUCAAUAAACACUAAACAAUGGUUUGUUCAUUGAAUGUUUUCAAAGGUUGGAUUGCAGUUUGAUGUUAAAGUUGCGGAAUAAAUUGUUUGGUUCCAAUUCGAUUUCCAGAUUGUCUUAAUUUAAGGCUUGUUUAGUUGCUGAUUGCUGUCUAUUGCUUUUCUUACUGGAUGUAAGUGCACUUUGUGUUCUAUUUAGCAUCCUCCCCUAGCACCUAAAAUACCAUCUGAUUGUACGCAAACCGUUGCAGCUCUGUAACUCAUUCGAAGCCUCCAGCUAUCAACCUCUAGUUUCAACUAUCAGCUUAUUAAUUCUAAUGGUUAUCGAUUGCUUUCAAUGUUAAGUGUAAGUGCAUGCUAUAUACCUCCUGAGCUGUGGACUCCUGUUGUUAUUUUCUUUUCCAGAUUCUCUGCUCCUCACCCACGCAGCUUACAAGGUACUUUCAGGCUAGACACAAACCUACGAAAGGCUGAAUGUUUCAAGUCAUAUGCCUCAAGAGAAUCGUAUUAAAUUUUUUUGUCAAGAAUGUGAUCCGAAAGUCAACAGGAUAUUAAUUACAGUAUAUAAAGUACCAUGCAGUGCAGAAAUUAUAUUAAGAUAACUCCUGCGGAUAUGCUGAUCACAUGCACAUUAUAUCCAACGCUGUUCAAGAAUGGGAUUCCGCAUUUAUUUCAUUCACGAAGUCUUGCAAACACUUAUAUGAAAGUCGUAAAGAAAAUAAUCUGCUAGUUGAUGUCCAACCGUGUUUUUCGUUUCCGAUUCUAAACGAACUCAUUGAAACACGCCUAAGUAUUUCCAUGAAAUUAGCUGUUGGCAAAUACCAAGAAAAAUCAUUCGAUGCCAGAGACAAAUUUAAUCAUUCAACGGAUCAUCUAUUUUCUACUCUAAAUUCAUUUGCCGAGGCCGUUAUAAACCAUUACGUUCUAAACAGUCGCCUUCCUAAAGUUGUCUCAAUUCAAAACAUCCUGAAUGUAAUAAAUUCCUUUAAAAAUAUGUUGGCUGAUGAGUGCGAUGCAAUCAGAUUAUUCCACUUUAAACAAGUUUUUGAUGAUUCAUUUGACACUAACGACAAGUGGACCAAUUACUUUCUGUCUAGUAAUUCUCUGAGUAAACUUACUUGGUGUAAUGAUUUUAUUGUACAGUUAAAUACCUUGCUAGAUUUUUUGAUAUAA